CCUCGAUCUUUCAAAAGCGGAAGGCAGCUUUCGUUUGUCUCUUCCAAAAUUCAAAUUCUCAAAAAACCCUCUAUCUUUCUCUCUCUUCUUCUCCUCAUCAUCCUCUCCCAAUCUCAGGGAUUCUUCAUUGUUUUGAGAUCGGUUAGGGUUAUUUUUGUUUAGAUCGGUUCGAGAUUUGAUUCUUUAAUUGGAAAUGGAGAGUGCGGAAUCGGUGAGAGUUGCGGUCAAUAUACGUCCUCUGAUCACUUCAGAGCUUCUCAUUGGCUGUAGCGAUUGCAUCACGGUUGUUCCCGGAGAACCGCAGGUGCAAAUCGGAUCACACGCAUUUACCUUCGAUUAUGUUUAUGGGAGUGGCGGUUCACCCUCUUCGGCAAUUUACGAUGACUGCGUGGCUCCCCUGGUUGAUGCAUUGUUCAAAGGAUAUAAUGCAACCGUUCUCGCUUACGGCCAGACGGGUUCUGGGAAAACUUAUACAAUGGGUACUAAUUACACUGGCGAAGGAGGCAGCGGUGGAAUUAUACCUAGAGUUAUGGAAAAUAUAUUCCAAAGGGUUGAGUCAAUGAAAGAAUCCGCAGAAUUCUUGACACGCGUGUCCUUUAUUGAGAUAUUCAAGGAAGAAGUGUUCGAUUUGCUUGACUCCAAUUCUGCGGCAUUACCUAGAGGCGAGGUGGCAUGUCAGGCAAAGCCCGCUGUGCCCGCAAGAGUCCCCAUACAGAUUAGAGAAACAGUGAAUGGAGGGAUAACGCUUGCGGGGGUUACUGAGGCAGAAGUUAGGACAAAGGAAGAGAUGGCAUCAUAUUUAUCACGAGGUUCUUUAUCUCGUGCCACUGGGAGCACCAAUAUGAAUAGUCAAUCAAGUCGUUCUCAUGCUAUCUUUACAAUUACCAUGGACCAAAAGAAAAUUGUUCACUGCCCAACGGGAGCAAACAAUGAUGAUUUUGGCGAUGAUAUCCUAUGUGCAAAACUCCACUUGGUGGAUCUUGCUGGGUCUGAACGUGCAAAACGAACAGGUGCUGAUGGCAUGCGUCUGAAAGAAGGAAUUCAUAUCAACAAAGGUCUGCUUGCUCUUGGUAAUGUGAUUAGUGCCUUAGGAGAUGAGAAGAAGCGGAAGGAAGGAGGCCAUGUUCCAUACCGAGACAGCAAGUUGACACGCUUGUUGCAGGAUUCUCUCGGAGGAAACAGUAAAACAGUAAUGAUUGCUUGUGUAAGUCCUGCUGACACUAAUGCAGAAGAGACAUUAAACACAUUGAAGUAUGCAAACCGUGCUCGAAAUAUCCAGAAUAAGGCAGUUAUCAAUCGUGACCCAAUGGCGGCUCAAUUACAAAGAAUGCGGAGCCAAAUUGAGCAGUUGGAGUCUGAACUUUUAUUUUACCGUGGUGAUGGCAAUGCCUUUGAUGAACUUCAGAUUCUCAAGCACAAGGUAUCUUUACUGGAAACAAGCAAUGCAGAGUUAAAGCAGGAGCUUCAAGAGCGUAGGCUUGCUUGUGAGCAUUUAACACAACAUGCUCUUGAUGCCCAGGUUGAAAAGGGCAAAUUGAUAAUGAAAAUUGAAUCAGCGCGUAACGGUAAACCUUGGGAUGAGAUUGACUGCAACUCGGAUGAGGAUUUUGGUUUGAUGAAAACUUACUUGUCAAAAAUUCAAGAGUUGGAAGGGGAACUGUUGCGAUUGAGAAACUUGCAGACCUCAAAACAAAGUGAAUUUCCUGACUGUAUGUAUGCUGAUGAUGAUGGAUUUCGAUCGAAGAAUGUUUUGUUCCCAUGUCUCAGUGAAUUGUCAGAUUGCGAUGCCAAAGCAAGAGAUAUUUCAGAUGAGAUUGAAGAGGAUGAAAAGGAGCAGGAACAUUCUUCUCUUCAGGAAAAAUUGGACAGAGAACUCAAGGAGUUGGACAAAAAACUUGAACAAAAGGAGGCCGAAAUGAAGUGUUUUACAAGUGUUGAUACAUCAGUUCUUAGACAACACUAUGAAAAGAAAGUUCAGGAGUUGGAACAUGAAAAAAAGGCUUUGCAGAAAGAAAUUGAAGACCUAAAAUGCAAUCUUUGCAAUAUUUCAUCAACUUCCGAUGAUGGUGCCCAAAAGUUAAAGGAAGAGUAUCUUCAAAAACUGAAUCUCCUUGAAGCCCAGGUUUCAGAGUUGAAGAAGAAACAAGAUGCUCAAGCUCAACUAUUGAGACAGAAACAAAAAAGCGAUGAGGCUGCAAAACGACUGCAGGAUGAAAUUCAGAGAAUUAAGUCUCAGAAGGUUCAGCUGCAACAUAAAAUUAAGCAAGAGUCCGAGCAGUUUAGGUUAUGGAAGGCAUCACGAGAAAAAGAAGUUCUUCAGCUUAAGAAAGAGGGAAGGAGAAACGAGUAUGAAAUGCAUAAGCUAUUAGCUUUGAAUCAGAGGCAAAAACUGGUUUUGCAAAGAAAGACAGAAGAGGCCUCCAUGGCCACAAAGAGGCUAAAAGAGCUUUUAGAAUCUCGCAAGGCUUCUUCACGUGAAACAUCUGGAAAUGGCAACGGUCCUGGAAUUCAGGCUCUGAUGCAAGCAAUUGAGCAUGAACUUGAAGUCACAGUUCGGGUGCAUGAAGUGCGUUCUGAAUAUGAGCGUCAAAUCGAAGAGAGAGCAAGAAUGGCCAAUGAGAUUGCAAAAUUGAAAGAAGAAGCUGAGAUGCUUAAGACAACUAAUUUGAGUGAUUGCCAUGAAACGAUGUCUCCUGGUGCAAGAAAUUCAAGAAUUUUCGCUCUUGAAAAUAUGCUUUCUAGUUCUUCCAGUACUCUGGUAUCUAUGGCAUCACAGUUGUCUGAAGCAGAAGAAAGAGAACGUGUUUUUAGUGGCAGGGGACGAUGGAAUCAAGUUCGCUCUCUUGCUGAUGCAAAAAAUAUCAUGAACCAUCUGUUCAAUCUAGCAUCCUCCUCUAGGUGCUUACUACGAGAUAAAGAAGUUGAUUGCAGAGAAAAGGAAACAGAAAUAAGAGAUCUGAAGGGGAAACUGGUGAAACUAAGCAGUUUCGUUAGACAAUUGGAAGCACAGAAGGCUGAUCUCAUUCAUCAAGUCAAAUUGCAGAGUUCAGCACUGAAGCAAUACGCAACAACAAAUUCUGGAAUUCUUGAUCAGAACAAUGGACGCAAGUAUGAAUUGCGAAAGCAGGAACCCCGGAGCUCGAUAAUCUUGUUGGAGGACAUGGAUACCUCUGAAUCAGAAGGUUCGGACAUGGAUGCAGCAGAUGAUGAUUGGGUAGAGUCAGGGAGAAAGCGACCUAGGAAGAAGACAAGAAAUGGAAGUCGUCCUUCUAUAGCAUUAAAACAAUUGAAUGUCAAUGCUUCUGAAAAUCUAGAAUCUUCAGGUGAGGGAAUCUUUAGAGCGACAGAGAAAACUGCAUCAGGAGUUUGUUGUGCAUGUAGUAAAAGCUCUUCAUGCAAGACAAUUAAAUGCAAAUGCCGAGCAGCUGGAGGGAGUUGCGGGACAUCAUGUGCCUGUUCAUUGACUAAGUGUUCCAAUAGAGAUGCUCUUGAUGCAAAGGUGGAUGAAUUGCAACAUUCAGACACAGCAGACAGUGUGGGGAAUGGGUCAGGAGGUGAUGAAGCAGAGAGAAAUCACAAUCUCAUUUCUCAUGGUGCAAUGUUACUCCAAAAUGCACUGAGUGAAAAGCCUUUUGAAACAAAUGAUGAUGUUGGAACAAGGAGGAAACCUCUAUCUGACAUUGGGAACACAGUGGCAAAACCCAACGUACCAAGACCAAACCAGAGAAAGAAAUGGCGGAAGAGUGUGCUUCAGCUUGUCCCUGUAGCUCCCCAGCAAGAAACUACGGGGGCACCAAGAAAGGCAGAAAGCACUGAUAUCCCCAGGAAGCCAGAUAAUAGCACGAGUGAGGCUGAUAUUCCUCCCAAGUUACCAAGGGCUAUGCGUCUGGCAUCCUCAACUGGUGCCAACUUGUUACGAGAGAGAAAUGCUGAUCAAGCUGAAGAAUCUGUCAACAAGGAUUCCGGUGUUCAUCCACCUAGCUCUCCUGCUCUACCGGCCAGAACAUCCGACGAAAAGGAGAACCGCAGACAAUGACGUGAUUCUCAUUUUUCUCCUUGAUGACACCAUUAGUGUCAACUCCACAUUCAUAUUGAUUUACCAUGACCCUUCCCUUUUCUGUAAUUUUUCCAGAGAAAAAAAAAAGUGGUAUUUAAUAUCCGAUCAGCUUGAUCUGAUCAUUGGCUGUGUGUUCAUCUGUGCGGGGUAAAUUGUGAAUUUGAUGACUGCUUUUGAGAGAAUUAGAAGAGGACAGGUUAGAUAUUUGGUAGUGAGGUUUCUUCUUUCCACCACGUUUAGGAGUGUUCUUAUUGUGUUAUGCAUUGUUGUUAUAUGUUUGUUGAUCUGUUCAGAAAAUCAAUCCAGCUUACAGACAAAGUUUCUAGUUAGCUGGAAGAUUCAAAAUCUUUGAAUGCAGGUAUUUAAUUUGGAAAUCAAUGUAUACUAUGAUACAAUCUCUCGAGCCUAUUUGGAUAAAUGAAUUUGAUGAC